AUGAGGAUGAUUCGGAGGAGGAUGAGGAAGAGCGAGCGCGACCCCCGCGCUCCUGGAGCAGCGCUGGUGACCCCCGAGGGGGGGGUGACCCCAUCCCCGCGGCCGCUGCGGGACCCCCGGGGAACGAACCCCCCGCGCUCCCCGAGGCUCCGCCGCGGCUCCUGCGGGUCCCGAGCGGCUCCGAGCGGGGCGGGCGGGGCUCGGGCCCGGUACCGGAGCGGCCGGAGGGGGCUCCGAGAGGGGGAGAAGCCCCCGAAACCCCCGCGGUCCCCGGAGAUCCCGAAACCCCCGCGACCCCCGGAACCCCCGCGGUCCCCGGAACCCCCGCUGUCCCCGGAGCCCCAGGAGCCCCCAAAGCCCCCGCGACCCCCGGAGCUCCCGCGGUCCCCAAAGCCCCCGAAAUCCCGGCCACCCCCGAAGCCCCCGGAGCCUCCGAAGCCCCCGCGACCCCCGAAACCCCCGCGGUCCUCGGAGCCCCAGGAGCCCCCAAAGUCCCCGAAAGCCCCGGAGCCGCCGAAGCUCCCGCGGUCCCUGGAGACCCCGAAACCCCCGGAGACCCCGCGACCCCCGGAGCCCCCGAGACCCCCGGAGCUCCCGCGGCCCCCAAAGCCCCCCGAAGCCCCCGGAGCCCCCGGCCCCAGCACUUAUCCCCCGGGGGGCUGCGGGCGGGGAGCGGCCCCCGCAGCCUCGCAGCACUUAAGGGGGACUCAAGGGACGUUUAGCACUUGUCGCGACAGCUCCGCGACAGCUCCGCGACAGCUCCCGCGGAGCCCCGAAGCGCUUAACGGGGAUGAGGCAGCCCCGGGAUGA